GGGGCCGGGGCCGGUGUGUCGGAGCCGGGGGUCGGGCCGGGCUGGCGGUGGCUGUGCGAGGCCCUGGAUCCGGAGAGGGGCGGUGGGUAGUGAUGCAAGCAGUGCGCGAGAUGGAGGAGGAGGGGGAGGCCGCCCACGCACACUUACCUAGGUAGGAAGAGUUGACUGCUAAAGAGAAAAUGACAUCUCUAGAAAAAGUUGAUGAUGCCUCAGCACCUGUUCGAGGAGCUGGAGAUGGCAUGGAAACAGAGCAACCAGCCGGAUCAGUGGAAGUGGUCACUGGAGCCAACACUACAAGCCAUCACAUCCACCACAGCCCCCAGAAAAAGCCAGUCUCUUCCCUGAGUCCCGGAGUUCUGCAGCUGGGGAAAGUACAUGCAGAUAAAUCCGUGGAGAUUGAGGCUAUUCGAAUAUUAGUCCCCAAAGCAGCCAUCACCCACGUUGUUCCAAGUAAAAAUGCAAAGGUAGCUAAAUCUGUGGGACAUAAAGGAGACACAUUCCAUCAGUCAGAGGGAGCCACAGAUCCCAAGAAAGAACACACAGAGCUGAAAAAUGCAAUUGAAAAGCUAAAGAAUUCAGAAAAGCGGUUGUUACAGGAUAAAGAAGGUCUCUCUAAUCAGCUGCGUAUACAGACAGAGGUCAAUCGGGAGUUGAAGAAGUUACUUGUUGCUUCUGUUGGGGACGACCUGCAGUAUCACUUUGAACGGAUGGCUCGUGAGAAGAAUCAGCUCAUCCUAGAAAAUGAAGUCCUGGGCCGGAAUAUGGCUCAGUUGUCUGAACAGUUGGAGCGCAUGUCCAUACAAUGUGAUGUGUGGAGAAGCAAAUUCCUAGCAAGCAGGGUGAUGGCUGAUGAGCUGACCAAUACCAGAGCAGUUCUUCAACGCCAAACCAGAGAUGCACAAAGUGCAAUCCAGGACUUGCUGAAUGAACGCGAUCAGUUCCGUCAAGAGAUGAUUGAGACACACAAGCUGCUGGAGGAGCUCAUGGUCUCUCUGCAGUGGGGGAGACAACAGACAUACUAUCCUAGUGCCCAGCCUUACACUACAACAGAGCUGGCAGCUGUGAACUGUAAGCUAGCCAAAGCUGUAAGCUCACAUCUUCUAGGAAAUGUUGGCACUAACAGUCCAAAAAAGACUGCAGCAGCUGUGGAGUUCUGCAAUACGCCUGCUGAGAAAAUGGCUGAAAUGAUGCUCCAUGUACUGGAUCCAGCUGCACAUCCAGAAACAUCAACAGAAGUUUCUUUUUCUGAGACUUCUCCAUCUUCUUUCCUUUCCACAAAGAAAAGUAUUGGAAGGUUUCACCCGUAUACAAGAUACGAAGAUGUCACCUUCAACUGUUGUAAUCACUGUCAAGGAGAGCUGAUAGCCCUUUGAAAGCCCAGCCAAGCUGCACAUGCACUCUUUCUGAAGAACUACACUAGCUGGUGUUUAACAGGCUCCUCUUUGUUCUUUUUCUGUAAUGGGUGGGUUUGGCAUUGGAAAUGACAAAGUUUCUGCUUCUCUACCUCUUGAAGUUAGGGAUUGGCAGGAUUUCCGUAGUCUCUGGGAUACUUCUACUACUUCUCAAUGGGAAAGCUACUUAUUUUCUUACACAAAGGCAAGACAAAAAACAUGAUGCUGGUCCAAUUUGUAGAGCAUAGAGAUGCUCUUGACUAUUUAACAUUUAUAGUCUUAUUAGCAAUUCAUAAUGAAUUUCCCUUUAGAGGGAGACAGAAGUGGAACCAUACCAAAGCAAAUGAAGUGCUGAUCAGUUAUGUCGAAAUUUAAAAAUAAUGGUAAAUGGCCAGUUACAUGUUGGGUUUUUUUUAAAUUUUAGCCAAGGUGAUGAACUGUCCCCAAGACUAUGUUCUACCUUUUAAAUUUAGUUAUAAAGAGGAAUAUGUGCAAUGAUCAUAGCUGUAAGUUCUGAAAGCAAAAGUUUAUGCAAUGUCAGCCCUCCUGUCAAGAAGGAGAUGAAGCCUGAAUGAACUCCAGCUAUAUAUAAGUAGUAACUGCUUUCGAGUGGAUUCUAGAAAACUCUGUGGGGUGAGAUUAUUCUGAUGUUUCCCCAGAGCUGACAUAAUGGCUUUUCCAUUGUUUCAGCUUCUAGAGUGAGGCUGCUGCAUAGCUGAUCCUCAGCAGAGGCAGACUGACACACUUCUUUAGUACAUAACACUGAAUCCUGGCCUGGCAUUAGAACUCAGUCCUUGCCCAGGGUUUUCCUGGGUAUUAUGUGGGAUGAUGAAGAUAAAAGCACUAAGUUUGCAUAGGUACUGUUAAAAAAAGAGUAUUUUUUACUUGUAUGGUUUUAUAAUCUUGAGGUAGAUUUGAAGUUCUUGACAUAGGUUUGAAGAGAACUUUGAGGAGACAAUCUGCUAAAUCCAAAGAAGCCUAUUUAAGUUUCUUGGUUUGACCCCCAAAUUUACCAUAUGAAGCUGUCUGGUUUAGGGAAAAGGUUUCUGAAACAGUUGCUUUUACCCAAUUUUUCUUUGAAUUUCAUACCCAAGAUUAGACUAUGUGUAAGCUCUAAGUUCUUGCUGUUGCUGGCUCUGCUUUGGUUUACGUGAAGAAAGCUACAAUAAACUUCCUUUGCUUGCUUUCAA